GCACUUCCCACAAACCACGAAGGAGCACGUGACCAGUGACGUCACUGACCUUCUAGCAACUCCGUUCUAGUCACUACCUGGAAGUAGAGAAAUUCAAAUUCCUGACGAAGCCUACGUGGCGAGGUUGAUGCGUUUGGGGAUCUGUGUCACCACCAGUUUACAGCAGCAAUAUGGUUAAAGAAGAGAAAAGUCCCAGUCCUCUUCCUCUACAGGAUGAGAGAUGUCCCAGUCCUCCUCUUCUACAGGAUGGUUCAAAAGAACAUCAAAGCAUUCCAUAUGAUGAUCAGAUAGAUGGAAAUAAGUUUUUAAAUCUGGGUAUAGAUCUGACCAUUAUUAAGGCUGAAGAUACAUAUGUGAGGGGUGAUGAGCAGAUCAUAGAGGACAUUCCCACAGGUAACCACCCAGAUGACUGUACCAGGAUCUCAGAGAAACAUGUGAUGUCAGAUUUUAGAACAGAUGAUUGUGGUAUCAAAAAAGAUACACAUGAAGAGCGUGCCAUUAUCUCAGACCUAUCCUCAGCCUUUCAGAACAAAGAUCUAUCAUCUAAUCCUCUGGAUGGAUUUCAAUCUCCUGAUUCAUCACAGACUGUUAUGCAAAAUAAAAGGCACAGAAGAAGUGUUCAACAUCAAAGAAGUCAUACAGGGGAGAAUGCUCUUUCAUGCUCAGAAUGUGGGAAAUGUUGUAAAUCUAAAUCAUAUCUUAUGAGACAUCAGAGAACCCACACAGGGGAGAAGCCAUUUUCAUGUUCAGAAUGUGAAAAACAUUUUAACCAUAAAUACCUUCUUGUUAUACAUGAGAGAACUCACACAGGGAAGAAGCCAUUUUCAUGUUCAGAAUGUGAAAAACGUUUUAACUCUAAAUCAAAUCUUAUUGUACAUCAGAGAAAUCACACAGGGGAGAAGCCAUUUUCAUGUUCAGAAUGUGGAAAACUUUUUAACUCUAAAUCAAAUCUUAUUAUACAUCAGAGAACCCACACAGGGGAGAAGCCAUUUUCAUGUUCAGAAUGUGAAAAACAUUUUAACCGUAAAUGCCUUCUUGUUAUACAUGAGAGAACUCACACAGGGAAGAAGCCAUUUUCAUGUUCAGAAUGUGAAAAACGUUUUAACUCUAAAUCAAAUCUUAUUGUACAUCAGAGAAAUCACACAGGGGAGAAGCCAUUUUCAUGUUCAGAAUGUGAAAAACUUUUUAACUCUAAAUCAAAUCUUAUUAUACAUCAGAGAAAUCACACAGGGGAGAAGCCAUUUUCAUGUUCAGAAUGUGAAAAACGUUUUAACUCUAAAUCAAUUCUUGUUAGACAUGAGAGAACUCACACAGGGGAAAAGCCAUUUUCAUGUUCAGAAUGUGAAACACAUUUUAUCUCUAAAUCAGAUCUUAUUAUACAUCAGAGAACUCACACAGGGGUGAAGCCAUUUUCAUGUUCAGAAUGUGAAAAACAUUUUAACUCUAAAUCAGAUCUUAUUAUACAUCAGAGAACUCACACAGGGGUGAAGCCAUUUUCAUGUUCAGAAUGUGAAAAACAUUUUAACCGUAAACACCUUCUUGUUAUACAUGAGAGAACUCACACAGGGGAGAAGCCAUUUUCAUGUUCAGAAUGUGAAAAACAUUUUAACUCUGAAACAAAUCUUGUUAUGCAUAAGAGAACUCACACAGGGGAGAAGCCAUAUUUAUGUUCAGAAUGUGGGAAAUGUUUUCAGCAGAAAUCACAACUUCUUAUACAUCAGAGAAAUCAUACAGGGGCAAAGCCAUUUUCUUGUUUAGAAUGUGGGAAAUGUUUCACCGAUAAAUCAACUCUUGUUAAACAUCAGAAAAUUCACACAGGGGAGAAGCCAUUUUCUUGUUUAGAAUGUGGGAAAUGUUUUACUCUUAAAUCAACUCUUGUUAUACAUGAGAGAACUCACACAGGGGAGAAGCCAUUUUCUUGUUUAGAAUGUGGGAAAUCUUUCAUAAAUAGACCAAAUCUAGUUGCACAUCAGAGAAUUCACACAGGGGAGAAGCCGUUUUCUUGUUUAGAAUGUGGGAAAUCUUUCGAACAGAAAUCAUAUCUUACUAUACAUCAGAGAAUUCACACAGAGGAGAAGCCAUUUUCUUGUUUACAAUGUGGGAAAUCUUACACAUACAAAUCAUGUCUUGUUGUACAUGAGAGAAUUCACACAGGGGAGAAGCCAUUUUCUUGUUUAGAAUGUGGGAAAUCUUUCCAACAGAAAUCAUAUCUUACUAUACAUCAGAGAAUUCACACAGGGGAGAAGCCAUUUUCUUGUUUACAAUGUGGGAAAUCUUUCAUGCAGAAAUCAAAUCUUGUUAAACAUCAGAGAAUUCACACUAGAAAGAAGGAAUUUAAUGUUCAGAAUGUGGCAACUAGAGAUGAGCAAACUUUUAGAAAAAUGAAAUUCUGCAGCUUGGUCAUAGUUCAACAAGAAAUUUGAUUCGUUCCGAAUUAAUUUGUCACGAAUUACUAUUUUAAAACCCCAUUCAGCCUAUCAAUGAGACCAUUUUUAAUGCCCCCUUAGACCGAAGUGCACCCGUCUAACAGCCAUUAAAAUCACAUCAUCCAUUUGCUCACACAGGGGCUCCUCUCUUGAUUGAAAAAGACCUGCUGAAGGACCUGUGCUUAGUGUGAUGACUUCACCACGUGAUCAUGCUAGGAGAGCACGGUGACAUCAUCACAUUGAGUGCAGGUCCUUCGACAGGUCUUUUUUAGUUGAGAGGAGCGGACUGCCUCUGUGCGAGCAAGUGGAUUAGGUAAAAUGAUUCGUAAUCAUGAAGCCCAAGGAAAUUUUGGCUUCAUUUAAAAUAUAUUUUUUCCUAAAAUUCAGACUGAAUUCCACUUUGGAUGGUUCGCUUUGUUGAACACUAGUGAUAACCAUAAAGCAGAUCUUGUUAGACAUCGGAGAAUCCACACGGGGAGAAAUUAUUUUCAUGUUCUACAAAGGGAUUUUAAUUUUUUUUUGUCAACUUGCAUUACAAGUUGUAGUUUUUAUGGUGCCAUUUUGGGGUACACAUGACCUCCUAAUUAACUUAUUUUAACUCUUUCUGGGAGAAAGAUGGGGAAAAACAUAAAUACUGUUUAUACGUUAUAAAAUUUGCAGCGUUUAUUUUUUGUCACAAAUGACAUAAGUUUUACUACAUAUAGAAAUAUAAAGGACAACUGAUUAUGCAGGUUAGGCUCAUGGUACACAGUCAUUGAUAUCACUGAUAAUCACGCCAUCCGCCAUCUACAAUGCCUAUGAAAUUAAGGUAUGGACCCACUGCUCACCAAUGUACCUCUUGCUAUCCUACUCCUUUGGGAUUUGAUUCCUUUUCUGCACUGGCUCCUUUUGUUCCUUAUAUAGGUUACUGACAGCAUAACUAGAUUAUCAGUUAAAUCCAUGAAUUUCAAUCAACUGUCCUUUAUAUUUCUAUAUGCCUCCAUGCCUAUAUGUAAUAGUGCUAGUUUUACAGAAUAUCCUUAUAAGCCAUAUAGUACCACUAUCUCUGAUGCAAUCUUAUCUCAUCCAUACUUACCUAGUUCUAUUUUUUGGACUUCACAGACUUCUAUUUUCAGUCUCUCAAUCACCAUCGCCUGAAGUGAUUCUACCAUCCUAUUCCUCAGUAUUAUUAUCAAAUUUUAUACUCCUUAUUACUACUGCUGCUAUGUCAUAAUUUCUUACGUCUUUAUCAAUACAUUUUUAUUAAUUUCGGAUUGCUGAUCAUGUACCUUAUUGUUUAUCAUAAUUAUGUACCCAAUUAUUUAUAUUGUCAUGUUCUUUUGUCCAGGCCAUGAACAAGGUGUAUGUUGGACCGAAACGUUGGCCAGUGACUAUUUAUGUGGAUGGAUUAAAAUAAUGAAAUAAAAAUAAUGAAAUAAAUAAGAAAUCAGUUACAAAAUUUCUUCAGUGCCGUGGUAUCCUAUCAAUACUGUUACCCCCUUUACCACUGAGCUCCGCCUAUCUCCUAGAGGAGUGCCGUUCAAUUCUUUUGUUCACAUGAUUCCCUUAGACUUUAUAUAACUGUGUCAAACAUAUUGUUACCAUUAGUUAAUAAAUA